UAACCUGUACGGUCUGUUUUGUUCUUAAACAAGAGACCUCAGUUAAUUGCAAAAGUGCUCUCUAGUGUAAUAGAUCAAAACAUGUUUCGUCUUGCAGCCAAACGUUUGUUUAUCAACAGAAAUUUUAGUACGAAAUUUGACGAAAUCAGCAAUCUUGUUAAGAAAAAUAAAGUGGUCAUCUUUAUGAAAGGCAUUCCAGAAGAGCCAAGGUGUGGAUUCAGCAAUGCGGUAGUUCAGAUAUUACGUAUGCAUGGCGUUACUUAUGAUGCUCAUGAUGUUCUCGAGAAUGAAGAACUUAGACAAGGUAUAAAAGACUUUUCUAAUUGGCCUACGAUACCCCAAGUAUUUAUAAAUGGUGAUUUUGUGGGUGGCUGCGACAUACUCUUAGAAAUGCAUAAAAAUGGAGAGCUUAUUGAGGAAUUGAAGAAAGCCGGAAUUAUUAGUGCUCUUUCGGAAAAUGAAGAAUCCUCUCAAAGUGGUGUCAACAAAUCUAAAGAAUAAUUUUGUUUUAAA